AUGUCACACUCCGCGUAUAUUUUUCCUUUGAAUCACGAAAACCCCACAAAGCCUCUGAAGGACAUUGAUCCCGCUGAGCUAUGGGCAAUCACUCCUCAAGGCGACAAACCACCCAAAGCUGGCACCGUCCGUACUUUCUACAACACGCCCUCUUCCGCAGUGACGACUGUCACAUCCUUGGGUGAAGCUUUUGAUUCCAAGCCAGGCAAUGUGAAGCGCGAGACCGUCAGAAAGUCCGUUGGAAAUGCAGUCAAGGAAUUGAAGGCUUUGGAUGGUUUGAACAAGGUCACAAUUGACGCAUCUGCUGACCCCCAUGCUGCUGCUGUCGCUGCACAUCUGGCUUUGUAUAACUUUACUUUGAAGACUUCUCCUCCUUCCCGAUUUAAUCCAAACCUAAAAGAACCCAUCCCUGAGAAACUCUCAUUUCAACCCGUGGAGGAAUCCAAGGACUGGGAACGUGGUGUUGUUUACGCCCAAUCCCAGAACCUUGCUCGUACUCUCAUGGAAUUGCCCGCGAACAUGAUGACACCAACACUCUUCUGCGAACGCGUCAAGAAAGAAUUUGAGGGCAUCCCUAACGUCGAGAUCAUUGUUCGCGACGAAGCCUGGGCACUUGAAAAAAACAUGAACGUCUUCUUAUCCGUUACCCACGGUACCUCCGAGCCCGCUAAAUUCUUGGAAAUCCACUACAAGGGUGCCGCUGAUAAGAAUGAACAACCUUUGGCCUUUGUUGGAAAAGGUAUCACCUUCGAUUCCGGAGGUAUCAGUCUGAAGCCCGGCGCUGGCAUGAAAUUAAUGCGCGGGGAUAUGGGUGGUGCCGCGACUGUUGUCUCUUCGGCUCUAGCUAUCGCUAAACUCCAGCUCCCCGUCAACCUGGUCGUUACCACUCCUUUGACAGAGAACAUGCCUGGGCCCAGCGCUACAAAGCCCGGAGAUAUCAUUUACGCUAUGAAUGGUAAAUCGGUGGAAGUUGACAAUACAGACGCUGAAGGGCGCCUGGUACUUUCUGAUGCCAUCUAUUACACCGCCACUGAAUACAAACCUCACACUUUGAUCGACGUCGCUACUCUGACUGGAGCUGUGGUGAUUGCCCUCGGAGAAGUUUUCUCUGGUGUUUAUGCUACAUCUGACAAAUUGUGGAGUGACCUGCACGCAGCGGGAGAAUUUGAGCACGACCGAUUCUGGCGUAUGCCUCUCGAUGACGAAUACGGUCCUCAGAUCCACUCCUCUAACGCUGAUCUUCAAAACACCGGUGGAAGGCCCGCUGGAAGCUGCACCGCUGCAUUGUUCUUGAAGCCCUUCGCCGAGGGUAUCGAGGCCAAGGAUGGCCAAGAGCCUGCCAUGAAAUGGGCUCAUAUCGAUAUCGCUGGAAGCAUGGAGGCUCGCUACCAGAGCCACCCCUUACCAGAACAUCGGAAUGACUGGGCGCCCCGUUAG